AUGACCGAUCUCAUCGAUUUGCGGAUGCAUCAGCACAUCGCACACGAACUCUACCGACAGCAAAUGUUGCAACGAAUACCAGAUCCGUUCCCAACGAUGCUGCCGGUUCCGGUGCCAUCGAUGCAUGCGAUGGCUCUACCACCGCGUUACUCGCUGCCGGGCGUGGAGCUGAAGCUCCAGAACAAGGAACUGUGGCGAGAGUUUCACAAGAUCGGCACCGAGAUGAUCAUCACCAAGAGUGGACGCCGAAUGUUUCCGUCGAUGCGCCUAACGGUGGACGGGCUGGAUGCGGACACAAAUUACUGCGUGCUGCUCGAGAUGAUGCCCAUUAGCGACUGUCGGUUCAAGUUCAGUGGCUCGCAGUGGGUACCGGCGGGCGGGGCCGAACCCCAGAGCCCCCAGCGCUUCUGCCUGCACCCGGACAGUCCGGCCCUCGGUACCCACUGGGCCUCCCAGCCGAUCGUCUUCAACAAGGUGAAGCUCACGAACAACACGCUCGACAAUAAUGGCCACGUCGUACUCACCAGCAUGCACAAGUACCAGCCACGGAUCCACAUCAUCCGCACCUCGGACCCAUCGCAGAUUCCCUGGGCCGCCCAGCAAGCGUUCGUCUUUCCGGAAACCGAGUUCGUCGCCGUAACGGCCUAUCAGAACGAUCGCAUCACGAAGCUGAAGAUCGAUAACAACCCGUUCGCCAAGGGAUUCCGCGAGACGGGCCAGUCGCGCUGCAAGCGCAAGAUGGGCUGCAAUGCAUCAACGUCAUCCUCGUCCUCGUCGGGCGGCGGAGACGGCACCGGUGGUGGCGGUGGUGCCGACGGUGGUGGACAGCUGACGGACGAUGAGGAUCGCCACGAGCACGAGCAGCUCGGCAAGCGGCCCCGAUCCGACGGUGGAUCGCCGGAUCCUUUACGGCAGCAACCGAUGCGACACCUGCCACCGACCGGCCCGGAGAUGCUGCUCAUGCGCCACUACAACCAGAUGUUCAACCCGGGCUGGAUGGACCUCAUGCUGCCGUACUUUGCCCGCCAACCGCCCUACCUGCCACACGGCCACCCGCAGCACCCGCCGCAGAGUCAUCACCAUCAUUCGCACCAUCACCAACAUCCGCACCACCAUCAGCAUCCGCCCGGGAUGGCCGGGUCACCGUUUCAUCCGUUUGGCCACCAUCCGGGCAGCCACCCGACCGCCAUCCCUCCCGUGGUGUCACCGGCCCACUCCAAUCCGGAAUCGGUGGACGGGCGAUCAUCAGCGUUCAGUGCCGGGCCGGCCGGGCCGGGCAGCGAUCAGGAGUCGGCCACGGGUGAACGGCCUCCGACGAGUCCUGCCGGAUCUCCGCGGCCCACCAUACACCGACCGGCGGCCAUCAGGCCACCGGCCUCGCCGCUGGAAGCGAGCCCCGGUUCCUUGCCGGGUCCGGCCGUGGAACCGGGCGAAGUGGAAGCGGCCGCCGAUGGGACCGGUGACGCGGAUCGGAAGAUCAACUUCAGUAUCGCCUCCAUUCUGUUGCUCUAG